GGGGCGGCCGCGGGCUGGCAGUGUAGUGCAGGAACCUCCAGUGAGGCCUCUGCCUGCGUCCGCAGGGCCAGAGCUCGCUGUACGCGGACCUGGAGCCAGAGCCGCUCCGCCCGCUAGGUCCAAGCGCCCCAGUACGGACCUUGGGAACUACAAGUCCCAGCGUACCCUGCGCCCCGCGCAUGUACCGAUUGCAACCUCUGGUGGGUCUCGGUUUCAGCUGGGGCCCAGGCGUCCGGGGUAGAGUUGCAGUCGUUUGCCCUCGUCAUGUCAGCCCCAAACACUUUACCAGCGCUCCUUGUCCCAGCCGCUGGGGAGCCAGAGCGACCCGAGCCCUGCCCUGGAGCGGCUACGGGUCCGGGGAACAGACCACUGCUCACCAACGGCGUCGUUACUGCUUUGAGUGUGUAGUAAGGUGGGGGCUCGAGAGGGUCUGUUUCGCCCAGGGUCACACACCUUUCGUUGCCAGAGGGCCACUAACCCUGAGUCGAGACGGUGCCGGGAGCCAGGAAGGCGAUGUGGGCCUAGGAAGCUGGCUUUGGAGAGUAGGGAAGACGCUUAAGAUGUAGUGAAAAUGGGGAAUUUGGUUGAACUUAUCUCCCUGGGUCUGCCAGGUGCCCCCACUCCUGCAGCCCCCGAUUUUCAUUUCUGUAUUAUGUGACGGUACCUGCUUCUUCCUCUGCAGCCCCUGCAGGUUCCAGUGGGAGCUACGGAGAGGAAGGAGUCAGAAAAGCGAGCCCCUUACAACCCCAUACCCACAGAACUCACAUAUUCAAACGCAGACCCAGACCCAGAAAGGCAGGCAGGUAUCCCGGAAGGUGUACACCCAGUGAGAGCCACUAUUGACUCACGGAGGAAAGCCAAAGCUUGGGCCUCAGGUGUGUUCCGGCCCACCCUGGGCAGAGGGGACUUGGCAGGGGGCCUGUCAACGCCCACCCUGGAGUGUGAAGCUCUGGGCUCGUUUCUGAUGCUCUGCGGUGGCUAGGAGGGUUGUGAGCCCCGGCCCACCCCUCCACCCCUCUGCCACCCCUGAUGCAACCAUGGGCUCUGGCAGUGACUAGGUGGCCGCCCUCCAUCCCUGUGGGUCAGCGGCGAUUCUCUGCGGGACCCGGCAGCAGCCCGGGCCAGCUCCGGGGAAGCCCCGGCCGCGAGGGCCCCCUGGCCAGCCCGCCUGCCCAGGAUGAGCGCUUACCCUCCCAGCAGCCACCGCCCCGACCAGCACACCUCCCUGUAGAGGAGCGCCGAGCCUCGGCUCCUGCCGGCGGGAGCCCCCGAAUGCUGCACCCAGCCUCCCAGCAGAGCCCGUUCAUGGUUGAUCUCCACGAGCAGGUGCACCAGGGACCUGUCCCUCUGUCCUACACGGUCACCACAGUGACGACCCAAGGCUUCCCCUUGCCUACAGGCCAACACAUCCCUGGCUGCAGUGCCCAGCAGCUCCCAGCAUGCUCCGUGAUGUUCAGCGGGCAGCACUACCCCCUCUGCUGCCUCCCGCCCCCGCAGCUGAUCCAGGCGUGUACCAUGCAGCAGCUCCCUGUGGCCUACCAGGCCUACCCCCACCUCAUCUCCAGUGAGCACUACAUCCUGCACCCACCGCCGCCAGCCCCACACCCCCAGCCCGCUCACAUGGCGCCUCUUGGGCAGUUUGUGUCCCUGCAGACUCAGCACCCCCGCAUGCCCCUGCAGCGCCUUGACAAUGACGUGGACCUGCGGGGGGAGCAGCACCCCCUAGGGAGCUUCACCUACUCCACCUCUGCCCCAGGCCCGGCCCUGUCCCCGUCCAUGCCCCUGCACUACCUGCCCCACGACCCCCUGCACCAGGAGCUGUCCUUUGGUGUGCCAUACUCCCACAUGGUGCCUCGGAGACUGAGCACCCAGAGAUACCGCCUGCAACAGCCGCUGCCCCCGCCGCCCCCGCCGCCUCCCCCACCACCGUACUACCCCAGCUUCCUGCCCUACUUCCUCUCGAUGCUGCCAAUGUCACCAACAGCAAUGGGGCCCACCAUCAGCCUGGAUCUUGAUGUGGAUGACGUGGAGAUGGAGAACUAUGAGGCCCUCCUGAACCUGGCAGAGCGGCUGGGAGACGCCAAGCCCCGCGGCCUCACCAAAGCCGACAUCGAGCAGCUGCCAUCCUACCGCUUCCACCCCGACAGCCGCCAGUCGGAGCAGACGCUGUGUGUCGUCUGCUUUAGCGACUUCGAGGCACGGCAGCUGCUCCGGGUCCUCCCCUGCAACCACGAGUUCCACACCAAGUGUGUCGACAAGUGGUUGAAGGCCAACCGGACAUGUCCCAUUUGCCGGGCCGACGCUUCCGAGGUGCCCAGGGAGGCUGAGUGAGGCCCACAGCCACCCAGGAGAACCCUGCCCAAAGCUCUGGAAACUCGGGGUGCCCAGGGAGGCAGUGGCCCAGGCCUGCCCUGCCGUUCCUGCCUGCAUCUCCAGAGCUGGUGCCAGGGUCGGCCCGAGAGAAGCCCCUGCAAUAAGCCCCUGCAUUUGCCAAGCUCCAAAGACUCCCUCCCCAUCUGCCCGCCAGUCUGCCCGCCAUGGAGCGGCCUGAGUGUCCCUAACUCGGUCUCUCUCCUGUUUGCCCUUGGGUCUGUCUCCUUUUCCUACUGGCACUGGGAGCCAGGGUCUGUUCCCCCAGUGUGGCUGGUGGAGACCCUUAGGCCCCGGAUGGGCAAGGGGGUGCUGUCCUGGGUUGCCUGGUCUCCUGCACUGAAGUGGUGUGUCCUCUGUCCUGGUGGCACUGACAGGCGUGGACAGACAGUGGCAGGAGGCCAGUGGGUCCUCCCGCCUUGAUCCCAGACAGACUCAGGCAGCCAGCUCCACUCAGGCUGCUGUGAGGGGUGGGUCUGGCUCCCUAGGGGACCCUCACCCCAGGCACAACAUUCCAGCCCCACCCCUGGCUGGAGGGCAUCAGAGCCAGCCUCCUGAGCAGUGGGGCGGUGUGUACCCUGGGGGGGCCUGGGCCCAGCCGAGGAGAGGGACCUCCUGUGUUGCUGGUGGCUGCCCGUCCCUGGCUGUGCUGGGGCCCAGCCCCGCCCCCCCCCCCCCCCCCCGCCCCCGUCUCCCUCUCUGUCGUUUUGCAUGAACGUGAGGAGCAGCAGUUUUCGUUUAUUCAUUUGGCCCAAAAUUGCGUGUAGGAUUUGGGGGUGUGGACUUUUAAACAGUUUCUUUUCUUUUGGUUUAAUGGGGGGUACAGGGACCAACCAGGGCCAGGUGCCCGGGGGGCAGGGAGUGGUCUGGUGGUGCCACCUGGUCUGCGUUGCAUGCGCGCUGCUGGGGCUGGGCUGGGCGGCUGGCGGUCGUGGUUGGGGUUGAGGGGUGUCUGUGCUCAGCUGAUAACUGCCAUGCACUGUACUGCACACGUCCCCAGGGCCUACCGGGACCGUACGCUUUUCAGGGCAUUUCUCCCUCUCCAGCCAGGGCCUGUCUCCCACCUGCCUGGGCGAGUCUCCUCUGAGGAGGUCCCCGGAAGACCUCUGGGGGCCCCCUCCCAGCCUGAGCCCUGCCCUCCAAGGUCUCGAGGAGCCCCCAUAAGGUCUGGCUGAGCUCCCCACCUUUACCCUCCCUGGUCCCAUUUCUUUCCUUUAUCACCCCCAGCUGGGGUUGCUGCCCGAACGAACUGCGUGUGGGGCCGGCACAUCCUAGCAGGCAGCCCCUGGCGCCUGCUGCCUCAGGGAUGCUCCAACCACCCUCGUUCUCCCCGCAGCAGCCCUGGCUCCCUGCCACACACCCCCACCCAGCCUGCCAUGGGGCCCCAUCAGCCUGGCCCCACCCGGUGGAGAACCCAAAGUCUUACUGUAUAUAACUCCAGGUGACAUUUCUAUAUUUAUAGCAGUGUUGAAACCCCACGUGUUUUACACAGAGACCCACCCUCUCCAAUCCCCUCCCUUCCCCACCCCUCAAAAAAAAGGUUUUUCAAAACCCUUACGGUUCCCAGGGCAGGCGGAGACAGGCUCAUGGGUUGUGCAUCGGCUGCAACAGUGAUUCCAACGAGCAGCUAUUGGGGGGGAAACACAACAUGAAAAAAAAAUAAUUAAAAAAAAAGAUUUAUAAGACAAUUACUUAGGAUGUUUGUGAUUUGCCGACCUUGCUAUAGAUGCCAUGUUACCAAUGAUUUCCUGUGGUGGGGGCUUGUCAUUGUUUACUCUUUCAUUUACCAACUUCCGGCCUAGGCAUGACAGUGGGCACCAUCCCCCAGCCCCGGCUGGGCCCGGCACCUGUGUUCUGUGUUAGAAAGGUCUUAUAUAUAUAUAUAUAUAUAUAUAUAUAAUUACAUAUAUAUAUAUAUAAAUAUAUGUAACUUUGGGGGCCCUGUUCCUUGCACAUUUUACAGUUACCUCAUUUUUCCCAUGUAUGUAUUUGAGAAAAUGCUAAUAUAUAGAGAAAAAAAAAUGGUUCUUAAAGCUUAAAUGUGUGGUUUUUUCCAUUCCAUUGGAUUCACAUUGGUUUGUAGCAUUUAACAUAACUAGUAUGUUGUACUAUAUGUAUGUGUAUACUGAUUGAAAUUUUUAACAGAUUUGUACUUUUUUUAAAAUGAAAGUUGCUAGUUCUGCUUGACCAAGUAGUGCAAUCAUUAUUUUUUUUAAUAUUGUUGCUGAUUUCAGAGGGAUAUUCACUAAUAAAUGUAUGAUGUAUACCAAG